ACACACACACACUCAAAUCUUACUAAUCUUAGCGGCAUUUUUCAAGGUUUCACCAAAGCUCUCUCUCUCUCUUUUAUCUUUCUUCUUCUUAGGUCAUCUUCUAGGGUUCUUUGUGAAGACGACUCGACGAGAGACUAGUUUUGUUUGCUUAGGGUUUUUGUUGGGAAGGCAUGUUGAUAACUACGGGAAGAAAAGAGAAAUUGUCCAUUUCUAAAGGUUCUGAAAUUGAGGUCUCGUCUUGCGAGUAUGAUGAGUAUGUUACUGGGACUGUAUGGUAUCGUGUCAUGCUUGAAGAGAAUCUAGCUAAAUCGAAGCGGAAGAAGCUCUCUGUUCGUCACUUGGAUCCUCUCCUCAAGCAAGACUACUCUCCUCCGUUGAUACAAACCACCGUGCAUCGUUUGAUUCGUCCACUCCCGCCGCCGGAUCCGUUUCCAGAGGUCGAUUUUGAGGAAGGUGACGUCAUCGACGCUGCAUAUAGAGGUGGUUGGUGGUCCGGUUCGGUGAUUAAAGCGUUGGGAAAUCGUCGUUUCUUAGUGUAUCUCAGAUUCGAACCUGAUGUAAUCGAGAUUGACCGGAAGGAUCUGCGUCCACAUUUGGUUUGGAAAGGUGAUGAAUGGUUCCGAUGCGUGAAACAACAAUUGAUUGAGUCAGAUUUUAGCGCUGGGAAGUCUGUAGAAGCCAGAACCAAGGUGGCCCAUUUGGGGGAUGUUUGGGCUCCGGCUAUAGCCAUUAAGGAGAACGACGAUGGGAAAUUACUGGUGAAGUUGAAGGCUUUGAGUGAUGAAAAGGUCGACUGCGACAAGAUUAGCCUUCCUUAUUCCAAAAUCCGACCUUCACCACCGCCUUGUGGGUUAAGAGAUUACAAAUUGAUGGAGAACGUCGAUGCGCUUAUCGAGUCUGGUUGGUGUCCCGGUGUUGUUAGUAAAGUUCUUUCUGGGAAUAGUUACGCAGUGGUUUUGGGGCCUAACAAGGAGAGUAAAGAUUUUAGCCCCUUGCAGUUAAGACCUUCAAUAGAAUGGAAAGAUGGAGUUUGGCAUGAAGAAGAAAAGGUUUCAGAUAGCGAAGAAAGUUCCCAUGCAAUUGAAGAAGAAACAGCUGCUUCAACCCGCAUAAGAGUAACUGUUCGAACUCCCUUGAGAGAGAAAACAGCAUUGGCUAUAGGAAGGGCGAGACGCACUUCUAAUGCUGCUAUGCAGAAUCCUCCUCCUGCCUCUUCCAAUGAUGGAGAUGUUGAAGAGGCUGGUAGAGUAUCUGUCACUGUGACUGAAGUACCGCACUCUGCAACUGUUGCUUUACCUAGAGAAUUAGGGAGUAAUUUGGCUGAUGUUGUGAUGAAUGAGAACACUCCAGUCACAAGCCAACCGGAGAUACCAGCAACAAAAGAGUUUCACUCAUCGGUGGUCCUGGGCAUAGCUGCAGCUACUCUGACGAAACCAGCUGUCAAAACACAAGGAAAAACAUCUCCGAGGAAGAAACUUCAGGCAAUGAAGAAUCAAAAUGGCUCUACAAAUGAUUCUGUUGGAGAGAAGGCACCUGAGGAGACAAAAAACAAAGAGAGUGUUAAUAAGAGGAAAAGAGGACAGCCACGUAAGUUCAUAAGCACAGACCCUACGCAGAAGACUGAUGUGGCUGGUAAUGGUUCAAAGGCUUCGGCUAUUGAACUUGCCUAUAUGUCUGAUGAUAAUAGGCCUCUCGCUUCAUGGAUCCACGGUGGAAAUUCAACAUCGGGGCAAUCCGUAUCUCCGACUCCUGAUCCAGGUCUUAAUUCUGUUGUGGAAACUCCCCCAGCGAGCGAGUCCACAGUGGCUCUGCCAUUUGUAAAGAAGUCACCGCUUUGGGAAGUCCUUGAAUCAAUGGAGGUCUUCAAAGCAGUGCCACAGUAUCCACAUUUCAGUCCACUGCUAGAGAGCGAAGAAGAGUUUCGUGAAGGAGACGCCAUUGGUACAAUGGUGAAGUUCACUGCGCUGUUAGAGAAAGUCAACAAUCUACAAGUCGACGAUCCUAUAAGCUCGAUUAACAGGAUCGACGAGUGUUUUCUCAAGCUAGAGAAAUACGGAUUCAAUGUUACAACGCAUCGGUCUCGGAUCUCCAAGCUUUUGUUCAUUAAAGAAAGCCAGACAUCGGCGUUGGAAGAGUUAAAAGCUGUUGAGGAAAAGAUCACAGAGAAUGACAACAAAAGAAGGAAGUGUGAACAAGAUAUUGUUGAAUUGCAGAGACAAGAAGUGUUGAUGAAGGAAGCGAAAGUGGCACUAGACAAGGAGAUAGCUCUGAUGCAGUCUCAUGCCGAGGUUCUUGACCUGAAGGUUCAGAAUGUAGACCAGGAGUUUCGUGCAAUUGUCGCUGCCCCAUGGAAAUAAGCUAGUUGUAGAUCAAAGGUGUUUAAGACUAAUCUAGUUCUGUAUGUUCGCAGAAAACAUACUUUGAAUAAGUUAAGUAGAACUGUCUUGAACGCAUUUAUCUUUCAGAUUUGUCAAAUCACAUCUGAAAGUCAUAACUUCUCCUAAAUCGUUAAAUAUUAGUAGUCAUUUUUCU